ACAUAUUUUUCUGAGGAACAGUUGAUUAAGACUUUCCGAUUCAACAGAGCUUCAAUUGAAAAUAUCACAGGAUUUAUCUUAAACUUUUUAAACUAGAAAACUAGUGAAUAAUCUCUUAUUUAUGUCCUACAGAGCUGAUAGCACAUCUUUUACCCAAUAGAAAAACUCAGGCAAAGAGGAAUCUUUUACCACUUGACAUGGUUCUAAUAGCCUUGCAAUUUUACGCCACCGGGACAUUUCAAACUGUGAUCGGGAACGUUCUACGUUACAGUCAGUCAUCAGUCUCCCGUUCAAUUACCGCAGUAUCUCUCGCGCUAUCGCUGAUAUCCGGCCAACAUAUUUACUUCUCUGACAAUCUGACAAUGCUCAAAAAUGAUUUUUCAGACAUUGCUCGCAUUCCUGGGAUAAUAGGAUGUGUAGAUGGAACCCAUGUCAGACUACAACGUCCUACGUUGUUUGAGAAAGCGUACGUCAAUCGCAAGAAUUACCAUUCCAUUAAUGUGCAGGGGAUUUGUGAUGCCAACAACAGAUUUUUAAAUAUCUGUGCUACGAAACCCGGCUCUUGUCACGAUUCUUCCAUUUUCAAAGGAAGUGCUGUUGGAAAGAAAUUUGAAGCUGGGCAUUUUGGAUCGGGGUUUUUAUUGGGUGAUAGUGGUUAUGCAAACACACCUUUUUUGUUUGUCCCAUACACCGACCUAGUAGAGAACUACAAGAUUAGAUUCAACGUAGCUCACAAAACCACACGUUGCGUUAUUGAGCGAAGCUUUGUCAUAUUAAAAAAAAGAUUUCAUGUCUUUCAUUCUGAAACUAGGAUGACCCCAACUAAAGUGUCUUGGAUAACGGUAGCUUGUUGUGUUCUUCACAAUCUUGCUUUGAAUUGGAAAAUGCCACUACUUGACGACUGGGAAGUUGAAGACUUGGACAUUGAAGAGGAUGAAGAGCUUGCGGAUCUUGAAGUAAGACCAACUGGAGUUACAGCAAGUCAAAGAGAAACCAUAUUGCGCAGACAAGGGAAUGAAAAAAGGCAGAAAGUAGCAUUCAAUACAUUUUAGUUUUGAGUCAAUUGUGUAUUAUUGAAAGAUUCGAAUACACAUCGACUUCU